AAAUGCUCCCAGCGUUAACAACAACAACAAAGGAUGGUGAAUAAAUGAAGUUUGAAAGUCGCUUCGUACUUCGUGUCCACUCUCGGACGCGGUGUUUUGUAGAGUUUGCCGCCUCCUUGUAGCCUCAGCGACGUUAUGAACGCGGUUAAAACGGGAAUGAACGAUCCGGUCUAAAGCUGCAAGCCGUGAAGGUGGAAGGUCUGCUUUCCACGUACUAAAAUGAUACGCAUAGCAGCACUGAAUGCUGCUUCGACAGCUGCAGAUGAGUCUCAGGACCCCUUGCGAAGUAACAAGAGUCAGACGAAAGAGGCUCAGGAAGCUGAGGCGUUUGCUUUAUAUCACAAAGCUUUAGAUCUGCAGAAACAUGACAGGUUUGAGGAGUCUGCUAAGGCUUAUCAUGAGCUUCUCAAAACUCCGCUGCUCAAAGAGGCAAUGCCCUCGGAUGAUCAGAGAGUGGGCCUCAAGCAUCCCGGACUGAUGUUGAAAUAUUCUACCUUUAAAAACUUGGCGAGUAUGGCUGCGACGCGGGAUGACCUGGAGACCGCUAUGGAGUUUUACUUGGAGGCAGUUAUGUUGGAUUCCACUGAUGUGAACAUGUGGUACAAAAUCGGUCAGGUGGCUGUGCGACUCGUUCGCAUUCCUCUGGCUCGACACGCCUUUGAGGAGGGACUGAACUGUAACUCCGACCACUGGCCCUGCCUGGACAACCUCAUAACUGUUCUCUACACACUCAGUGACUACACCUGCUGUUUGUACUUCAUCGCCAAAGCCCUAGAAAGGGAUCACUGUUACACUAAAGGCCUGGUGCUGAAGGAGAAGAUCUUUGAGGAGCAGCCCUGUCUGAAGAGGGACACGAUGCAGAUGUUCAUGAAAUGUGAUGUGUCCAUUCACUAUGUGGAAGUGGAGAAAGAGGAAUGGGAAUCCAUUGUUGAAGAGGCACUGGAGAUGCGGAAGCGCAGGCAGGCUCUCUCUCAGUGCGAACCGAAGCCAGACCUUGUCCUGAUUCAGCCAAUCCGCUGCCUCUCAUGGAAGCAUGUUGGGGAAAGCCUUCUUGCGAUGUACCAACAUCAGACCACGUGUGAGCCCCCUCGCCCGAGUCUCGGCCGCAGGAUUGACUUGUCAGAGUACCGCGACCCAAACUUCCUCCACAACCUGCCUCAACCCAGCAGCCCUGUCAGUACAGGCCAGACCACCGUGCUGAGCAGCAGCCCCAGCUCGUCCCUGCCCCCAGUGCCGCUCCCUGAGCCUGCAGUUCUGCCCCAACCUGGCAAUCAACCUCAGAUUACCCCCAGCCAAUCCACCGUGGAGGUCACCACUUCUGCUCCACCUGUCGCGACAGCAAUGGAAGUGUCACUGACAGAUAAAGUUAAGAAAGCUCCGAAAAGGAAACGUGUGGUGGAAGAUAGCGGGGAGACGGCCAAGCGACGCUCGGCGCGCGUUCGAAACACAAAAUGCAAGAAGGAAGAGAAGAUUGAUUUUCAAGAACUGCUCUUCAAAUACUUACCUUCCAGGCUAAAGAAGUUUGAUCCUGAUAACGAUGAUGAGAGUCUGAGUAACCUGGAGACGCAGUGUGAUGGGAAGGAGGAUGUGCAGCCCCUUCAUGGGAGCUGCUUGCCUGUUGACUCAGUUAAAUACAUGGAGUCUGAGCAACAGGAUGUCCACAAUUUCCUGCUUAAUAACAUGGCCAACGGGGGUAUCCUCGACCUGAUGCUGCGCUAUCUGAAAGCAGUGGGUCAGAAGUUCCUGGAGGAGUGGCCUCGAGGGCUGGCUGCCGUGGUGCUGGAGGUCUAUCAGAUCUGGAGGAAGCACAGCAGUGGUCUUCCUAACCCUCUGCUACGAGACUGCAGCAACCAACACAUCCGGGAUAUGUUGGCUAUGAGCUUAGCGUGUAUGGAGUUGCAGCUGGAACAAUGGCCACACAACAAAGGGAAGAUUGUGUCUCCAAGACGAAGCAGCAGUGGUCCCACCACUGAUGCAGCUGAUUCAGAGUUCCCUGGACAGCACUUUGAAGGAGAUUUGUUUCUCCUGGCCUUGGGUUCAUCUCAGAAGGACCUGUUUGAGGACAACUGGCUGGACGUCAUGGUGCGGGUCUACUGGCUCAAGGCACGAUUCCUCUCCCUGCAGGGAGACAUGGACUUGGCCCUGGAGAGCUAUGAUGUCUGCACAGGCCUGUUACAGAGCAAACCAAAGAGCCCUGAAGGGAAACAUUACACCAUCAACCUGCCCAACCUGCGAGUGGAUGGGAUGAUCUCUGUGGAGGAGAUUGACAAGAAGCUGAAGUCUCUGGAGCGCUGUCAGUCUCUGGAGGAGAUCCAGCGUCUCUUUGAGUCUGCAGACUUUGACUCUGUUGUGCGCCUGCUGCAGCCCACUCUUAAUUACGGCAGCCGGAGUAAACCUCUGGAGUUUGUGAGCUCGGCACCAGAGCGGCCUGCUCAGCUGAUGCUGCUGCAGAACUCACUGCUGAAGAUGGAGGACUACCAGCAGUGUUUGGAGUGCAGCGAGCUGGCUCUGAACGAAGCCCUGCAGCAGCUCAACUCUGCUCCAAACAGCUCGCCCCCUAGCAAGGAGGAGUGGGUCAGCACUAUCGGAAAGCUGCUGGAAGGCAUCGAGGUCUGCUUCACCAAAGACUCCGUGCUUCUGAGCAAUGUCCCACACUUUUCCAGUAUGGCUCGACUGGCGAAUAACUUAAUUCAGCUGAUUGAUCUCAGCAUGAGCACGUCUGACGAUCCCAAGGAGCCUUAUUUCUUCUCGGUUCUGCCCUGGAUAGUCCUGUAUCGCAUCAUCAAGCAUGAGGAGGCUGCUUUUGACUGCAUGCUUCGACAGCAUAUGUCUGUGGGGGACGAUGAAGAUGACUCAGACACUCCCAUGCUGCCCUCGUCCCUGAUGCUUCUCAACACGGCCCAUGAGUAUCUUGGCCGUCGCUCCUUGUGCUGCAACUCGAGCGGUGCCCUGCUCAAGUUCUAUGUUCGAGUUUUGGAAAAAGAGCUUGCAGCCUCUUCCAAAAACGACUCUCAUCCCUACAAAGAGGAGCUGGAGAUGGCCUUGGAACAGUGCUUUUUCUGCCUGUACGCCUACCCCAGUAAGAAGAGCAAGGCCCGUUACCUGGAGGACCACUCAUCACCACAGGUCGAGCUGCUGUGGUCGGACGCCCUCUUCAUGUUCCAGUAUUUCAAGCCAAAGUCACUGCCUGAGUUUGACAGCUACAAGACAAGCACAGUGUCUGCCGACUUGGCCAAUCUGCUGAGGAGGUUUGCCAGCAUCGCCCCCCCAAGUGACACUCCCACCCUCACCAUGGAUGAAGUGGCAGCUUACAUCGAGGGCAUGGCAGAAAAGGCCCCGUGCCUUCCCGAGGGCAGUGCUCCUGCACCUCCCAUCAUCGAUGAGAUCUACUACCUGCUGGCUGAUUACCAUUUCAAGAACAAGGAGCAGUCCAAGGCCAUCAAGUUCUACAUGCACGACAUAUGCGUGUGUCCCCAAAGGUUUGACUCCUGGGCGGGUAUGGCUCUGGCUAGGGCCAGCCGUAUCCAGGAAAAGCUCAACUCCAACGAGCUGAAAAGUGACGUACCGAUAUGGAAACACUCGCAGGCGGUGCUCAACUGCUUUAAGAGGGCCCUGGAGAUAGACGGCUCAAACCUGUCUCUGUGGAUCGAGUACGGUACCAUUUCGUACGCGCUGCAUUCGUUUGCUUCGCGGCAGCUGAAGCAGUGGCGCGGCGAGCUGCCCCCAGACGUGGUUAAACAGAUGGAAGAAAGGAGAGACUCCAUGUUGGAGACGGCGUUCCAGUGUUUCCAGGGUGCUUCUCGCUGCGAGUGCGACAGCGAUGAAGAGGAGUGGCUCAUUCACUACAUGCUGGGGAAGAUAGCAGAGAAACGCAAACAGACUCCAGUGGAUUACCUGCAGCUUUACAAAAAGGCAGCACACUAUCUGCAUGAAGAAGCUGCCAGGUACCCCCGGAAAAUCCAUUACCAUAAUCCUCCUGACCUGGCCAUGGAGGCCCUGGAGCUGCAUUUUCGUCUCAGUGCCACCAUCUUAAAACUACUAGAAGCUAAUGAGCCUGAUCUGGACCACGAGCUCCUGUUCACUUUGCUGGUUGAGGCUGCUACUGGUCCAUUUGCCAGAGGGGAGGAGAAGAGUAUGCCAAGCAUGCCCAGGUCCCAUGAAAAGGAGAAACCCCCCUCCAUGAUGGACGAGGACUUUAACUGCUCGUCAGUUUGCAUCGGAAACGCCCUCAUCUCCUCCCUUCCGUCAGCUGCCACCCCAGGUCUCACAUCCCCCCUUUACGUGGCCUCGCUGUUUGACCACGAUUACGCCAAACGCAAAACACUCCGACGGCAGCAGUGGCAGCAGCAGCAGCAGCGGCAUGAGGAGCAGCAGGCUGAUGCCUCACCAGAGUUUGACCAUGAUUACUGCCUGCCCAGGUCUCCAAUGUGGCUGGCUUCCCUGAAUGAGCGCAGUCAGGACAGCGAGGUGGUGAUGCUCUCUGACUCCAACUCCACCCAGGAUGCCUUCACAGAUCCCACCAGCUCACAGGACAGCAGCCACAAGCCUGCUUCUGGAAAAGCCAGUUCAUUGUCAUCAGAAAGCACGACCCCGGUGAAGGACGGCCAGUCCGCGUCCGAGGACACAGCAUCACACGGAGAGCAUUCUGCCAUCCAGACGGAAGAAAAAGUUAUCCCAGAAGUCGUGGAGUCCGUGGUGGUGACGACACUCCCUGAGGCCUCGGCCCCCAAGCUCUCUGCUGACCCUUGUCCUCACCCUCUGCCUGUCCCAGCCACACCUCCAAAGCCAGCCCCCUGUCAUCAGGCCGCUCCUCAAACCCCAGCCAGUGAGGGGAAGAGGAAGCCGGAGCCCCCCGUCGAGGUGAUCGAGGUGCCCAAGGCGCUUCCUGCAGAGCGCGGCGAGCAGAGACGAAUGCUGGUGGAAAUGUGCGUACGUGCUCUCUUCCUCUGCCUCAGCCGCUUCCCUCAGCACUACAAGAGUCUCUACCGUCUGGCCUUCUUCUACACCAACAGCAAGAUCCAUCAGAACCUACAGUGGGCCCGAGACGUGUUGCUAGGAAGCAGUGUCCCAUGGCAACAGCUGAAGCACAUGCCAGCACAAGGACUUUUCUGUGAGAGAAACAAGACAAACCUGUUCAAUGGCAUCUGGCGUAUCCCAGUAGAUGAGAUUGAUCGCCCAGGAAGUUUUGCAUCUCAUAUGAACCGAUCCAUUGUCCUCUUGCUGGAGGUGCUGUCUCAGCUCAAAGAUCACGAUACUCUGCUGAAAGUCUCUUUCAUGCUGCAGAGAACCCCUGACCAGGGAAAGAAGUAUUUACGGGAUGUUGAUCGCCAGGUUUUGGCCAAGAGAGCAUUUUUCCUAACUGUAAAAGUCCUGGAGGACAAUCUGAACAGUCUCGCAGGGGUGUCUGAGCAGCUUCACAAAGCGCCUGCGCCCUCCAUGGGGGAGAUGACCACAGCGGACGCAUCCAGCCGGCCCAGUGCAGAGGACAGCAAACAUGCGCUGCCUAAGAAGCCCGGGCUCACAGAGGGGGCCUGUGCCGCUGACCCGGGGCCCAGGGAAGCCUCCCAGGCACAGCUCAUCCCACCACCGCCAUCCUUAGAUAAAGGGACAAAGGUUCAGGAGAGCUUUCCUGGGAAGCUGGAAACCUCUGGGAGUGAAGGACACAAAGCAGGCUCAGAAGAACCCAUGGAGCUGGACGCUGGCAGCUGGAGGAGGCCCCCUGCUACCACCACAGAUUCUCAGGGCAAACAAACAGAGGCUGAGACUUCGCUGAGCGCUCCGGAGCCCCAGCAGAAAGUGACUGACAGCAGCCGGACACCAGAGCUGUCUCUAGAGGAGCUAAGUAUCAGUUCCAGACAGCAGCAGCAGCUCCAAGCCUCCACACCCAAGGUCACUGUGGCAGCCAGUGUGACUGAUCAGGGGUCAGUACGAAGGCCAAACAGGAAGAGGAAGCUUCUUGAGGAUGUGGAAUCUGGAAAAACCUUACUGCUCGAUGCCUACAGGGUGUGGCAGCAAGGCCAGAAGGUCAUGACGUAUGACCUGGGACGCAUCGAGAAGAUCAUGUCAGAGACUUACAUGCUCAUAAAACAGGUCGAUGAGGACGUAGCUCUGGACCAAGCUGUGAAGUUCUGCCAGAUACAGCUGGCCACCUCAGCCCAAAGACAGCAGCCUGCAGGCGAUGCCCCGACCACACCCAAGUACACCAAGGAGCACCGAGACAUCUUCUUCCCAGCCUCGCUGCCGACCCCGGUCCUGCUCAGCCACGCCACCUGCCACCCGCUGUCCACCCAGGACGGUCAAGCCAAAGUGGUGUACGAGCCCCUGAGCAAGCUGUCCAGACCCCAAGCGUCAGGCUUCCACGACCAGCCGCAGCACCGCAGAGCGCCGAGCCACCCUGCAGCGGCCAUGGCCUUCUUACCACACUCAGAGGAGCAGGAGGAGCCCUCAGAGGGACUUCUGUACCGACAGCAGGAGUCACACCUCUGUCAGCAGAUGAAACUCGCCUCCGUGUCCCAGGGCCAGGAGUCAGCAGCAGCAGCAGCAGCAGCAGCAUCAGCAGCAGCAGCCGGCUGGUUCCAGGAGGAAACGGCCACAUGUAGCACCGCACAGCCGUGUCCAGACCAGCAGCAGCAGUACGCCAGCAAUGAGCAGUCAAAGCUUCCAGACCCCAACCGGAUCCGGUCCCGUGUCCCGCCCAGCAUGCCAAAGCUUUUCAUCCCGUCCACCGUCGCCAAGUUCCCGCCAGAAAUCACAGUAACGCCUCCCACACCCACGCUCCUCUCCCCGAAAGGCAGCAUCUCAGAGGAAACCAAGCAGAGACUCAAGAACGUCAUCCUGUCGUCUCAGUCCGCCGCCACAGUCAAGAAGGACACUCUGAGCCAGCCGGCGCUGGAGGUGCAGGAGACGUCGAGCCAGGAGUCGUCCCUGGAGAGCGAGUCGGAGGAAGAGGAGGAGGAGGAGGAGGAGGACGACUACAUGGACAUCUGAGCCGAAACAGGACGGGAGGACGAGGAGCGGCACCCGUCGCUGUUGGCGCUGCUGUUCCGUCAUGUGCAUUACGAUAAAAAGCCCUCGCAAACUGAAAACAGUGCAGUAUCCUCGGCUUCAGUCUCGCAGCGUGUCUGUAAUGUGCCAUUUCUGCAUAUCGCACAUCAGCUUGCCGAGCUCUCCUGCAACCCGCUGCACACCGGAACCAAACCAGCCGCGUGUUUAUGCAUCCUUUUUUAAUGUCGUGUGCUGAACGUACCUCCGAGCUGCAGCUAAACCCUCGUCUGAAGACCUGCCGUCCUCCUUUACUGUGGCAUGCGAGUUUCGCCACGUUGCGUUGGCGCGCGUAAAUUUCAAACGAACUCGAAGGUGAAGCGGGGACAGUCGGCUGCGUUCGGGGCCUCACAACCUGUAGCAGAUUGGAAAUGUUUACACUUAACAUUUGGGAUGUUUUUCAGUUCAAACUUAACUUUGUGCUAUUUUUGUACUCACUGUAUUUCUUGUAAUAUUUUGUCCGACAUAUUUCUUUAUUCUGCAUUUGUAUGGCCGUGAUUCCAGAACGAGCUGUGACGCUGUGUAAAACGUGAGCAGGAUGGGGGCGUUUGCUGACCCUCUCUGACGUAGGCUGAAUUAAAAACAAUAUAGUUUAUGUUUAUGGAGGACCAAACCUGCCAAAAACAAAAAUAAACAAAUGAAUAUUCCAUAAAAAGCACCGAAAAUCAUUCGAGGCAGUAAUCAUGUUGUAUUGGUGACAUAAACACACACGUGGGGGGCAGUUCAAAGGAGAAAUAAAUAAAUAAAUGCAUUUAAAAAUGACUAAUGAAAUUAAUUAAAUUGGAAAUGUAUUUUCUGCCACUGGGGAGAAGUUUUAUUUUAAAUGAAAUGCACCGUAAGCUCAGAUAAAAUGACUUGUGCGCUGCCCACGUCUUCAAAAUAUACAAUAAAGAGUAAGUUAUGCUGAGACUUUUUUAAUACCUUUUAAAACUGAAAUAUUAGUUUGCUGGUAUUAUUUUUGGUGCCUUUAGUGGCAUAUUAAUUUAUGAAGUUAGUUUUGAAUUUGCCAGCUUUGGUUCUCCAUAAAGUCUGAGCUCAUUGACUUCAUUGAUUUUUGAUUUUUUUUUUUUGUUUGUUUUGUUUUGUUUUUGUAAAUAUCUGCUCAGCAACAUUUUGAAAGCAGCUGGGACAGGAGCAGCAACAGGUAACCUUCCACAGGUGAGCGGGUUCACUGCCGACAGGUGAGAGGAUCACGGCUGGGCUGGACUGCACUGAGGCUGUUGCCACGUGGGCUCAGAAACGUGUUGUCGGUGAACACAACUUGUUUGUGGAUGAUUGAGUUCUGUUUGUAUUUUACACAGCGUCCACACCUUUGUGUAAUCGGGGUCGUAGCGAAGGCGAAGCCGUCCUGUCACCAGCACUGAUCCGGACGCUGUCGGGCGGCUUUCGGCCCUCAUAGAUUAGCUUUCGUGCAUAUCACAACGUCACAAUCCAAGUAUCUUUCCAACGUGUUUGGCUUUAAUGGGUUGAACGUUAGGCCGGAGAAGCGCGAGCGCGUGAGAGAGGGUCGGCGCUCAGGUGAGGCUCACCUGAGUGGCGUCGGGUGGAGGAAGACUUUCCGAUUCAGAUGCCUUUUCCAUUUGGUAAAUCAGUCGCAGUUCUGGCUUCGCUCAGAGGAAGACCACAGAAUGUUUUUUACUGAUUGUUUUCUACAAAAAGAAAGAUAUUUACUGAUUGUGUUUCCUGAAAGCUGUCUAAAAAAUAUUGUUUUUAAAAAGGACACAAAUGAAAAAUUGUAAUGUAUCACCCUUGUUACAACGAAAGCGGUUUUGUAUUUAGUUUGAGACUUCCUGUCUGUUUUGGUGUAAGAUAAUUUUGUAUGUUUCUGCUGGCUGAGCGGGUCGAGCGCUCGGCUCAGGCUGCUGGAGGGGAGCUGCUCUCCGGGUCUGAAUGCAUUAUAGAUGUCAAACCAAAAAUAUAUUGGAGAAACACA